AUGCUCUUGCUUGGGCAGAACCCGAUGGAGGCGGAGCCGCAAGAUAUGAUCAGCGAGGUCGAUGCAGGCGGGAAUGGCACAACUGACUUCAGGUCCCCCGAAUUCCUCACGACGAUGGCGUGCAAGAUGCUACGGCAACGGCUACAUCUCCGCCACGGACUCGGGCACGUUAUGACCAACCGUUGCGAGAAGCUGUGGAACAACGAGGUCGACGAAGUGAUCCGUGAGGCGGAUGUCGAUGGUGAUGGUCAAAUCGAAAACGAUGAGUUCGUGAAGAUGGUUAACUCCCGUGAUACUCAUACCCUACAGUGCGGUACUGGGGACACUACUGAGGAAGCCCGAGAUUGGGCAGAGAUCCGUGAAAAGUUCCACUGCAGGGGCUACUCCAUCGGCCUCUGCAGCCUCAAGCACUACACAACCGCUGCAGGUAUCAAAGCCUGA